AUCAACAUCGUUUCCACUUUCUGGUUUAUGGCUAAUUUUUGUUUUGUUUCAAUUGCAUUUUCAAUGAUUUUCUCUCUCACUUAUCAUCACUCUCAUUCUGCUAAUCUGUUUCGUCUGAAGAGAAGGUUACUCUUUAGUUUGGUCUGACUCUUGUGCUUCUUCUGAUUUUCCCUAUAACCCAAAAGUGAACCAGUGUUUUGGGUUUCUCUCGUCUACCAUUGUCACCCUGUGUUAAACCUUUUUUUAGUCUUCUUAUUUCAACUUUGUUCUUUUAUUUUGAGCAUUAUUAUAAUCUUUAAUGGAACCGGAUUGACUCAAGGAUAACCAGUUUUGUCCGUUCAUUGACAUUGAUCAGUUCGUCAUCACCAUCUUCAAUCAUUUCUUCCACCUUCGUCAAUUUGAUUUUGUGUCUUAUUGAAGCAACAUUAACCUAGCAUUCGAUUGCUAUUGACUGCAAUUUAAAUUUCUCAUUUUUUUGUUUCUUUACAAACUCAAUGUGAAACCAUUUAUGUGUUAAACUCUUUACUCUUAUGUUUCAUCUUGCAUCAGUUGAUCUUUUCGCAGCUUUAUCUUCAUUAUAAUAUUGGUAUUUCGAAUCCUACCAAGUUUACAUUUUUUGAUUCAACUUUCUAUCAUCCAAUAUUUGCAUGUGAUUUAUUUUUUUAAUUGCUGUUAUCAUAUUCAGACAACGAAGAGUUUGGCUGUUUGCCCAUUUUAUUUUGUAAGUUUUAGGUUCAAAGCAAGUCACUCAUCAACUGACUAGGAAACAAAAGGUUUUAUUCGGAAAGCAUUUACAAUUAAUCAACUCUGAUUGUUCAUAGGAAUCUAUUUCCACCAAAGAAACAUGUCUUUUGUCAACCAAGAGCUGGACCAAUUAUCUACUAGAUUCAGCGCAUCUAUUGGAAUUGGUGGCGAUAGUUAUGUAUCUCAAGUUGACAGUGGACCUGCUGAAAUUGGAAAUUCUCAGCCUCCAGGCUUUGUGAAUGCCGCUACACCUUUAGAGGCUCAAAGCUCAUCUAGUUCAUUGUCUAGUGAAACAAUUGCUCUGGAAGUUGAGGGCUGCACACCCAGCUCGUUGCGACGGACUCAUUCGUCGAAUGGUUCAACCAAUGACAACUCAAACGCAGGUUCUCAUUCAACCAAUGCUACUUCCAACUCAGAUUCUCCAAUUAUUACUGCUUCAAUUUUGGAUGAAGAAUACGCUAUGAACCACAAAUCCCGUGGAUUGUGCCUUAUUUUUAAUCAUGAAGAAUUUGAUAACUGUGGUCGGCGAUCUGGAACUGAACAGGAUGCCUACUGUCUCAAAAAAAGCUUCGAAUAUCUCGGAUUUGAAGUCCAAAGAUACGAUAAUUUGCGUUGUUCAGAAAUAAUUGAAACAUUAGCUUUAGUUUCUGAGAGUGAUCAUUCAGACGCUGACUGUUUCUGCUGCUGCAUAUUAACUCAUGGAGAAGGAGAACACCUGCAUGCUCGAGACCAGCCUUAUGCAAAAAAUAGUGUAUUUGGUUUAUUCACUGGAGAAAAGUGCCCGACUUUGCGUGGCAAACCAAAAAUAUUUUUUAUCCAAGCUUGCAGAGGUACCAACACUGAUCAUGGUGUUCAAGUGGAUUGCCACCAUGAUGCUGUUCAGCAACCAGGAGUUAAAAUAAAUCAAGUUCAAUGUAUCCCUGUCUGGGCGGACUUUUUGAUCUCUUAUUCCACCGUAGAGGGUUACUAUUCCUACAGACACACUGCCAAGGGAGGCUGGUUUGUCCAAGCCUUAACUCCCAUUUUGGAAGCUCUUGGAACUAACUAUGAUUUGGUUUCAAUUUUAACUGCAGUCAACAAAGAUGUCGCGUUUAAUUUAAACGCUUCUCCAGGGAAACAAAUACCUCAAAUUGUCUGUACUCUGACAAAAAAGCUGAUAUUCCGCAGUAAACCAUAUCCUGUAAGACGAUUAACUCAGUUUAUUGCUGGUGAUAGUGACUCGCAACAAAUUCAAUCACCAAACAAUGCAUUACCACCUGAUAAUAGCCGAGUUACUGAAAACUCUUAACCAUAACUUGACGUGGAUUUUUUCUUGAUAUUUCUCAAAAAUUUUCAUUAUUUAUUUUUUUUUGAAGCCAUUCUUUUCAUUUACUUGAUUUUACAUGACUUUUUGACUCGAUUUUUUGAAACAGCCUUAAAACACUUAUCUUUCAUGUACGCCAUUCAAAUGGUACCAAUUCUCUGAUAUCAGAAACAUCCUGCCAUUUUUGAUAUAAUUAUUCCAUGUAACCAAUAAUAAAAAUAAUUAUCUAACAUUAA